AAGGUGUGGCUAGGGCUGCUGCAAAUGCAAUCAUGGCUGAAGAUUUUUCUGUCCUUUUAAAGCCAUUUUUAAUCACAGCUAUUAAAGAAUUGUCUUCUAAAUCUGAUUCAAUAUUCUCCACUGAGCAAUGCUUGACAUUACUAGAUCUAACUGACCACCCAUCAACCUCAAGUGAAUCCAAGAGUGAAUCAGUAUCUACCAUCUCCUCCUCUGAUGGACUCAGUUUAAUAACUGGCUAUCCACCUUACCCACUGUACAAUAGACUUGCUACAGUAUUAGCACACUGGAUGAAAACUGGUCACUGCCCUGUUCUUGAUUUACCAGAGAUGUUUCUCCUCAACGAGACGGCCAUUAUUGAAAUAAGGAAGGAAAGGAUAGAAGGAUUGACUCCUAAACUGAAGGGUGCUUACUCUCUUUGGGAUUUUUGGUCUGAUGAUGAAAAGAGAUUCUUCCUUACAGAAACACUUCAAACACUAGGAAUGAGAGGUGUAAUGGAUCUGCUAGGUAUAAGGCAGACAGUUGGUAGUGUUGAUGUAUUGCCUCCGUCACGAGAAACUCUCCUCUCAUCAUUUGUAAAGCUUCACUGUCCACCUGCUAAAUUAACAGUAGGAGCAAGAGCUUUGACUAAGCAUCAUCAUCGGGAUGACACUACAAGCUGGUGGGGAAAAGCUACAGGAAGUGAAGAUGAAAAGAAUAAACAUGCAUUGGCACUAAUUCAUAGAAUACUUGAUAAUGCCACAUGGAUUAAUAUACACUGUUUGCCUCAUGAUCUACAAGUAGUAGAAAUGAGGACAGUGGAAGGAUAUGGUGCAAGAUGGCUGCUAGAUGGCACAGAAUUUCGUGGGUUUCUUGAACCACAGAUGGAGGACGGUCAUGCUGUUGGAUGGAGACACUAGAGAACAUUAAUAGAAUUUUAAAUUAUAUUAGGUAUUAUUGCUAUUUUUUAUUUCUGUCAAUAUCAACUGAAACAAUUAUAGUUUUAUUUAGACCAGCAAUGUUCUGUA